AUGAAUAAUCUUAAUCGUGUAGGAUCAUCACUUCAUCGUACAUUUUUUUCCUUAAAAAGUCCUGAUACAAAUUCAGAUGCAAUUCAACAAGAAGGAUUUUCAAUAUUAGAUCAUAAUUUGUCUUCAUAUCACCGUUUUGAUUUAUCAACAAAUAAUCAACAACAAUCCGAAACAUCUUCACAACUAUUUAAUCAAAGUAAUAAUCUAUCAACUAUUGAUAAAACUGGAGAUGAUACAGAAUUCGUACAUAAUAAUACUAAACGUACCUUACAUACAAUUCCAGGUGUUUUCUGUCCUAUUGCUUUAUCUAUGUUUGCCAUAUCUAUAUUUAUGCGUAUUGGUUUUGUUCUUGCACAUGCUGGUGUUUUACAAACAUUAUUACAAUUAAGUGUUUGUUUUAUAAUACUGUUUUCUACAUUAUUAAGUGUUUGUGCAUUGGCAACAAAUGGUGCUAUUGAAGGUGGUGGUGUUUAUCAUAUGAUAUCACGUGCAUUAGGACCAGAAUUUGGUGGUGCUAUAGGUGUAUUAUUCUUUUUUGCAAAUGUUAUUUGUAAUGGACAAAGUGUAGCAGCACUUGUUGAAGCAUUAGUUGAAAGUUUUGGACCAGGAAGCAAAGCAAAUAUUUUUCAUGGAACACAUUGGUGGAGACUUUUAUAUGGAACAUUAAUUAAUAUAGUUAGUCUUAUAACAUGUUUACUUGGUUCAUCAUUAUUUUCUGCGGCUGCAUUUUUUAUAUUUAUACUUGUUUCUUUUGUUUAUCUUAUGGUUGUUGUUUCAUUUUUUAUUUGUGGUCCACAUCUUGUUUUAAUACCAAAAGUAAAUACAUAUGCUUAUAAUAAUGAAGAAUUAUUAUAUAAUAAAACAGAUUUUCUUUAUGGGCAUUAUACAAGUUUUAGUUCAGAAACAAUGAGAGAAAAUCUUUUUGCAAAUUAUACAAUUGAUUAUACAACUGGUAAUACAAUGAAUUUUGCUACUGUUUUUGGUGUACUCUUUUCGAGUAUAACGGGUUUAUUAGCUGGAGCGAAUAUGUCUGGUGAAUUAAAACGACCAAGUCGAAGUAUACCAACUGGAUCUGUAUCUGCAAUUCUAUUUGUUUUUUUUAUAUUUACUACAGAAACAUUACUUAUAGCUGCAACAACUGAUCGAUAUACUUUACUAAAUAAUUAUUUAUUUUUACAAGAUAUUAAUAUUUGGCGACCAUUUGUUAUCAUUGGAAUAAUAUCUGCAGUAUUUUCUGCAUGUUUAUCUGGAUUAAUUGGUGCAUCAAGAAUAUUAGAAGCAUUAUCUAUUGACGAAAUAUUUGGAUCAGUACUUCAUUGGGUUCGAGUUGGUACAACUCGUCGUGGUAAUCCAAUGGCAGCCGUAUUUUUUACUUUUAUUCUUGUUGAAUUAACUUUAUUUAUUGGUUCAAUGAAUAAGAUAGCUCGAAUAGUAACAAUAUUUUUUCUUCUUGCUUAUUUUGCUGUUAAUUUAUCAUGUUUGGCACUUGAUUUAGCUUCAGCACCAAAUUUUCGACCAACAUUUAAAUAUUUUUCAUGGCAUACAGCAUUAAUUGGUGCUAUUGGUUCAAUUACAAUGUGUUUUAUUGUAUCACCUGAAUUUGCUUCAAUUGCUAUUGGAAUAUUAAUUGGUCUUAUUGCAAUGUUACAUCUAAGAGAUUUUCCACGUGCUUCAUGGGGUUCAAUAUCUCAAGCAUUAAUUUUUCAUCAAGUACGAAAAUAUCUUCUUUUACUUGAUCCACGUAAAGAACAUGUUAAAUUUUGGCGUCCACAAAUGUUAUUACUUGUUUCUAAUCCACGUUCAUCAAUAAAUUUAAUUGAUUUUGUUAAUGAUAUGAAAAAAGGUGGACUUUUUAUAUUAGGUCAUGUUAAAAUCGAUCGCACGAAUAAUAAUCUAAAUGAUAUUUGUUCACAAGAAUAUCAAUAUUGGGUAUCAUUAAUUGACAGUAUGAAAAUAAAAGCAUUCGUUGAUAUGACAGCAGCACCAACUAUCCGUGAUGGUGUAAUACAAUUAGUGAGAUUAUCGGGUUUAGGUGGUCUUCGUCCAAAUACAGUUAUUCUUGGUUUCUAUGAUGAUACUGUUCCAGAAGAUAAAUUACGUAGUCGUUCUUUUUAUAAACGACAUUGGCUUAAAUCGAAUCGAUUAAUAAAUACAUUAUUCCUUCAACAACAAACAAAUAGAUCGGAUGAUAUGGAAAGUACUAAUAGUACAAUUACAUUAAAUUCAACUAAUACUUUAACAUCUCUAAAUGAUAACGAUAUGAAUUCAAUACUUCAUUUUCCAACAUUACGUCGAGCACAUGAAAAAAAAAUACUCGAUAUUCAUUCUUAUGUACAAAUUAUUAAAGAUACACUUUAUCUUAAUAAAAGUGUUUGUUUAGCACGAAAUUUUUCUCUCUUACGAAAAGAUGAUAUUGAUUCUAAUAAACGAAAAGUAUUCGUUGAUGUUUGGCCGGUUAAUUUUAUUUUUCCGGAAAUGUCAACACAAUUUGAUGUAACAUGUCUUUAUAUGCUUCAAUUAGCAACAAUACUUUCAAUGGUAAAACCAUGGAAAACACAUUCUAUAUUACGUGUUUUUCUUUGUAUUGAUGCUAUAAAUGAUAAUGCAUUUCGUAUACAACAAUAUCUUGAUGAAUUAUUAAGUCAACUUCGUAUUAAUGCUCAAACACGAAUGGUUGCUUGGGAAAAUGUAACAAGUCUUUUAAAUAAUCCAUCAACAAUAAAUGAAAAUGCAGCAACUAUUUCUGUUGAUCAACAACAAACAACAUCAACAAAGGAAUUUAUUGAUAUUAAUGAUGAGUAUAUUCGUGGUAUUAAUGAACUUAUUCGACAACAGUCUGACAAUACAUCAUGUCUGUAUUUAUAUUUACCACGACCACCAUGUGAUAAAAUACUUUUUCAACGUUAUAUACAAGUUCUUGAUAUGAUAUCAAAUAAUUUACCACCAGUUAUGUUUGUUCAUGGUGUUUCAUCUGUAACAUGUACACGAUUGUAA